AUGCCUACUGCUCCUCCUGCUAAGCAGACUAAGGAGCUCACAAAGGCGGAUAUAGACACUAUAGUGGCGAAGGGCGACCUCCGAGCCGCCAGACGGCUUCUUGCUAUCGAAGGCGAUGUGCCCUUAUCUACAGUGGCCACUAGGCUCAAGGCGGCUCUGAGGACAUGUUGUGUGUAUAAAGUGAAGGCUGGUGGGCUGGUCUAUACUAAACACAGCAGUGACGCCUCCUUGGACCAGUACUGGAAGGCCCUGCAGUCUAUGCUGGAACAGCUGCUACAGUCGCAGUCCGAACAGGCCAUCACGCUGGGCACCCGACUCAUGGUGGAAGCCAUCAAGUCGGAGCGCGAUAUAGCACAGAGCUUCCCUACGGAGCUUUUACAGUCAACUCUACUGUCAAUUAUCGUUAACGUCUAUGACCCCGACUAUGCCGCUGCUGUCUUCAUUGGGGAGCUCGCCAACACUCACUGGGAUGUCUACACUCGAGUACUGUCCUACCUGAGGUUGGUAUGCACCGCAUUGGCUGGAGUCGAGACUAGCAAUACUCGACCUGUAAUAGCAGCAGUGGAGGCCUCUGGUGUGGACCAGGAGGAGAUUCUAGAGAGGAUCUAUACGCUGUUGGAGGCCUAUGCCCCUCCAUCCAAAGGCAUAUGCCAGACCGAGCCUCUCGAUACGGUGGGCAAGGCGGCCUGCAAGGGUGUUGUCAGCUUACGGAAGGCGUUCCAGGAGGCGUGGUUGGCAUUCCUCCGUUUGGACCUGUCAUCGGACCUCAUGCGUUUGGUCCUACGUCACUUGCCUAGUAAUGUGCUCCCUUACUUACCUUCACCGCAGUACUUGGGUGACUUCUACUUCAAGGCCUUCGAUGGCAGCGACACUACAGAGGAUACCACCAACAGUGUGCUGGCCCUAAGUGGUUUGUUCUACCUCCUCACCCAAGCUAAUAUUGGAGAUCCAUCGUACAUAGACAAUAGUCUAUCAGCCUUCUACUCGCGACUCUACGCCCUGCUCACGCCAGCUACACUCGUCUUACCGUACCGCCAUCGUUUCCUUCGACUGCUGCUCUUGGCUUUAAAGUCGCCCAUGCUACCCGGAAGCAGUGUUGCUGCUUUUGCUAAGAAGCUGCUACGCUGUGCUAUGCUGGUGCGGUCUCACAGCGUGGUGAUGUGGCUAGUCACGGCAGCGUAUACGAUAAUGCAGAGGAACCCAGCAUCAUGUAGGGGCCUGGUACAUGACCAGGGAGAAGCCUCUCGGAAGGAGGUUGAGGGAGCAGAGGCGAGGUUUGAGGAGGAUCCAUGGAAGGACGAGAUGAGCCUUGAUGAAGCAGUGAAGAUAAUACCGUUGACGUCACUGUGGGAGCUACAGUGCCUUAUGAGGCACCACUCGCCUUCCGUGUAUCGCCUUGCUCAGCUAUUCCGUACUAACAUGUUCGCGGAGACUGCCAAGAGGAUAUCGCCAGAUGACAUGCUCGUUGUGACGGACAAAGAGCUGUUUGACCGAGAAGUGAACUACCAGUGCAAACGAGGCCGAGUAGCCCCGCCUGCGGCUAUCGGCUUCAUAAGAGAUGAGGUCCAGCCGAUUUACCAAGCUGCCGAUGAGGUAUUCGCACAGUUCAGAUGAACUUAGUAACAAGGUCGAAGUAUACUA